AUGCAUAUUCGUGAGAAGCUUGCGCAGAAGGAGGCUGCCGGGGAGCCCGGAAUCUCCUUCGAGUUCUUCCCUCCCAAAACGGCCCAGGGUGUACAGAACCUUUACGACCGCAUGGACCGUAUGCACGGGUUGGGCCCCUCCUUCAUCGAUAUCACAUGGGGUGCAGGUGGCCGUCACUCUGAGUUGACCCUCGAAAUGGUUGGCGUGGCUCAGUCAGUCUAUGGCUUGGAGACAUGCAUGCACUUGACCUGCACCGACAUGCCUCUCGAAAAGGUCGACAACGCUCUCCAGACCGCGUACAAGGCUGGGUGUACCAACAUCCUAGCCCUCCGCGGUGACCCGCCCCGUGAUAAGGAAACAUGGGAGGCUGAUGAGAACGGUUUCCGCUAUGCGAAGGAUCUCGUCAAGUACAUCCGCGAGAAGUACGGCAACCAUUUCGACAUCGGUGUGGGCGGCUACCCGGAGGGUGCCGAUGACAACCCGGACGUGGACCAGUUAAUUGACCAUUUGAAGGAGAAGGUGGAUGCAGGAAGCUCUUUUGUGGUCACCCAGAUGUUCUACGACUCUGACAACUUCAUCGAAUGGGUUAAGAAGUGCCGCGCCAAGGGCAUCACCGUGCCAAUCAUCCCCGGCAUCAUGCCAAUUCAGACCUAUGCCUCGUUCAUUCGCCGGUCCAACUGGACUAAGACCCGUGUGCCCCCUGAUUGGAUGGAGGCUUUGGAGCCCGUCAAGAAUGAUGACGCUGCGGUUCGGGAUAUUGGAAAGCGCUUGAUCGCCGAUAUGUGCCGGAAGCUCCUGGCCUUUGGCAUUAACCACUUGCACUUCUACACAAUGAACCUGGCACAGGCAACCAAGCUUGUUCUGGAGGAGCUGGGUCUCUCGCCAUCAGACGAGUCUCCUAUUCAACGAACCUUGCCAUGGCGGCCGUCUCUUGGCCUGGGUCGGAGAACAGAGGAUGUACGACCGGUGUUCUGGCGUAACCGGAACUCGUCAUAUGUCGCGCGCACCCAGACAUGGGACGAGUACCCUAACGGCCGUUGGACCGACUCUCGCUCGCCUGCCUUCGGUGAGCUUGAUGCUUACGGUGUCGGACUCAAGGGAACAAAUGAACAGAACGUCAAGCUUUGGGGCCAGCCGAAGUCUAUCAAGGACCUCUCCGAGAUUUUCAUUAGCUUCUUGUCGGGCAAGCUCGACCGACUGCCUUGGAGCGACAGCCCCAUCACUGCCGAGGCAAAUGACAUUAAGGACCACUUGAUUAACCUCACCCAACGCGGAUUCUUGACCAUCAACUCCCAGCCCGCGAUUAACGGCAUCAAAUCGUCUGACCCCGUGUAUGGAUGGGGUCCCAAGAAUGGCUUCGUUUACCAAAAAGCGUACCUUGAACUCCUGGUGCCAUCCUACCUGAUCGAUGAGCUCAUCGCUCGUAUCGAGAAGAACGAGGACUUGACCUAUCACGCCAUCCAAAAGAGCGGUGAACUGCGUACCAACACACACGACAGCCCCAACGCACUGACCUGGGGUAUCUUUGCUGGACGAGAAAUCAUUCAACCGACUAUCGUCGAGACGGUCAGUUUCUUGGCAUGGAAGGACGAGGCUUACCGACUGGGUGAAGACUGGUCCAAGUGCCACGAAGCCGGCAGCGCUAGCCGCAAACUGAUCCAGCAAGUCAUGGACGACUGGUACUUGGUCAACAUCGUCGACAACGACUUCCACCGGAGCAACGCAGUCUUCGAGUUGUUCAAGGACCUUGAAAUCAAGGACCUCACUGUCGAGGUGCCCGGAAAGCCAGAGAGCAACGACGCCUCUGAGCAGAACGGCGCAGCGGAACAGAAUGGGACCGCAAUCAAGAACUAA